AUGCUAGCCAUGAUCUUGCUUCGGACGCUGUGCCGAGACAUCGCCAAGUACAACGAGAAGGUGAACGCCGAGGAGGCCGCCGAGGAGACGGGCUGGAAGCUGGUCCACGCCGACGUGUUCCGCAAGCCUGACUACUCCAAGCUCUUCGUGGUGUGCGUCGGCUCGGGCGUCCAGAUCCUCCUCAUGUCCAUCGUGACCCUGAUCUUCGCGCUCAUGGGCCUGCUCUCGCCCGCCCGCAGGGGCAGCCUGCUGCAGUCGAUGAUGCUGCUGUUCACCUUCAUGGGCAUCUUCGCUGGCUACACGCAGGCCAGGCUUUACAAGGUCUUCAACGGCGACGACUGGAAGUCCACCACCCUCAUGACUGCCUUUCUCUGGCCAGGGGUCAUUUUCGCGGUCUUCUUCUGCCUGAACUUGCUGAUCUGGGGAGAGAAGUCUUCAGGCGCAGUGCCAUUUACUACCAUGUUCGCGCUGCUUGUCCUCUGGUUCGGGAUCUCUGUGCCGCUGGUCUUCCUCGGCUCCUACAUGGGCCUCCAGAAAGCGGCGAUCGAGCUUCCCGUGCGGACCAACGCCGUGGCGAGGCACAUCCCCGAGCAGCCAUGGUUUGUGCAGCCCAUCUCCACGGCGCUCGUCGGCGGCAUCAUGCCGUUUGGUGCCGUCUUUACGGAGCUCUUCUUCAUCAUGUCCUCGCUCUGGCAGCACCAGUUCUACUACCUCUUCGGAUUUCUUGCCCUGGUUUUGGUGAUCCUCCUCGUCACCUGCGCGGAGAUCUCGAUCAUGCUGACCUACUUCCAGCUCACGGCGGAGAACCACAGGUGGUGGUGGCGGUCGUUCCUGGGCAGCGGCGCUUCGGCGAUGUACGUCUUCCUGUACUCCAUGUUUUACUUCACGAACAGGCUGACGAUCAACAAGGUGGUCCCUACACUGCUCUACUUCGGCUACAUGGGCAUCGUGUCGGUGUUGUUCUUCCUCCUGACUGGCUCAAUUGGCGCCAUCGCGUCGUUCCUCUUCGUGAGGGGCAUCUACGGCUCCAUCAAGGUGGACUGA